UUGACACGCAGGGGAAAAAAUGAGGGAUGUAUCGCACGAGCUAUUAUUAAAAAAAAUAGAAGAUAUAUUUUUAUGACGUUGCAUUGAUUAUCAUCAUUCGAAGUCCGUUUAAAAUCAUGUCGGAUAUCAAGCCGUCGUCCGAUCGCGACAAAGAAGUCCCAAAAAAUGCCAAACUCGUCGGUUUCGAGAAGCACCUGUUUCCCCUGCUGUUCUCCGUGCUCGGGGCAUCGGGCAUCUGGCGAAUGUCUCGCGUCAGGCAUCCUCUCGCCGUCUUGCUCUGGAAGCUGUACUACUUGCUGGCCGCGACGAGCGUCUUCGUCCUGUUCUUCACCAUCUCCGCCGAGCAGCUGAUCAACGACGAGAAAUCCUGGCGCGAGUUCUUCGAGAGUCUCUUCCUCCUGCUCACCAUCUUCAACGGCAUGUGCAAGAUCGUCAACGUGCACUUGCGCCGGACGCGCUACCUGCGCAUCGUCUCGCAGCUGCUCCAGGACUCGUGGCUGGAUCUGCGCGACCCCGAGGAGGUGGCCAUCGUCGAGGCGUCCAAACUCGACGAGCGAUUCAUCGUCAGGUUCAACAUGACCCUGGUGUUCUUCAACAACGUCAGCAACGCCGUGGGACCGCUGCUCGACGGCAAUCCCGGUCGCGACCUGAUGGUCGACGCUUACACGCCCUGCCGGAGGUCGGCGAGUCUGGCCUGCUACCUGAUCUUCUACUGGUAUCAGGUGUUUGGCUACAACAUCACGAGCUUCGUGCACAUCGGCUGCGACGGCUUCUUCUUCGACACGGUCGAUCGCAUCUGCGCGCAUCUGAAAAUAUUGGAGCGCAGGCUGGUGAAAUUGCCCGAGCUAGUGGGCGCGCAAAAGUUCGAGAGCGACGAGGAGAAGAUGCAAUUCGAGAUGGAUUACGUCAAGGAAUGCGUGCGAUAUCAUCACAGCAUUUUCGAAGUAAUGCGCGAGCUUCGCGGCACGGUCCACGUCGCGAUAAUCGUGCAGCUGCUCUCGAGCGUCAUCGUUCUGUGCACGAGCAUCUAUCUGCUGUCCUGCCAGCCGCUCUUCAGUCCGGAAUUCUUGCAGCUGUUCAUCUACUUCAACUGCGCCCUGUUCCAGAACUUCUUUUACUUCUGGUUCGGCUACAAGAUUACCGUCAACACGCUGCACGUGUCUCAAGCCCUGCUGGACAUGAACUGGUGGACGCUGGACGUCAAGACUCGCAAAAUGCUGCUGUUCGUAAUGAUGCGUACGUCCAACAAAGUCGAGCUGUUCAACAGCACGAUCAUGAUACUGACUCCCGAGUCUUUCGUUAAAAUACUCAAGCUGUCGUACUCGGCAUUCAACAUUCUCAAGCAGACGUCGUAACGAGCAAAGAUGACGCACGCGAAGUGGCUAAAGUCAUUGCGUAUGUAGUAAGAAUUAGUUAUUGCAUAAAAUAUCGAUUUGAAAAUUAAAAAGUAAGUACAUUGGAUUAAAUGAAAGAUUUUAAUUAUUAUUAAUUGUUGAAUUAACUCGAAAACGGUACAUCUCUCUCCCCUCAUUGAAACAAGCGAAGUAACAAUAAUCUAAUCUAAUCUGAUCGUCUUCUAUUAAUAAUCAAUGUGGUUGACGCUCUGUCGCGUCACCGCAGCCGCAGCAGCGUAAAUCAGCAUAAAUCGAACGUACAACAACAAUGCGCCGGCCGAUCUCCACCAGUAGUAGUAGUAGUAGGCGAUGCGUCUCUCGACGCAGCAGUACU